GAAUUUGGAAUAAAAGAACAAAUUGUUAAAGAUAUGGAAUCUAAGGGCAUUUUAGAAGAUAUCAGAACCCUAAGAUGAAGUGAAUUAUUCAACAAAAAAUUUCAGCCGCCAGAUAGGAUCCCGAUUAAGUUCAUGUAUGAGAAAAUCUGAUACUCCCCUGAUCUCGGUGAUUAGAAUCCAUUAAAUAUGGAGGAAGACACCUUCAAUUCCUCUGACCAGGAUAUAUCAAAACAAAAUCUCUCUCUCUCUCUCUCUAUAUAUAUAUAUAUAUAUAUAUAUAUAUAUGUGUGUGUGGAAAAGGAAGCUAAUCGAUAUUAUAGCAUUUUUUUUUUCUCCAUCAUGGCAGAACAAUCAAUGGCAGUAAGCUCCGUUGAUCCCUCCGAGCAAUUCAUUAUACUCCGAAAACCCGACGGCACAAUCACCCUGAAGUAUCCAGCCCCCGAAAUACCACCCACCGGCGACGACAUCGAUGCGGACGUGUUCACCAAAGACGUUCCAUUAAAUGAAGCCAAAGGCACCUCCGUCAGAAUCUACCGCCCCAGAAACGCCACCAAGGGUUCCAAACUGCCUCUCAUAAUCUUCUACCAUGGAGGUGGUUUCAUCCUCUUCAGCGUCGCUUCUCUACCUUACAACGAACAAUGCAUCCGCAUGGCCCGUGAAUUCCCAGCCAUCAUAGUCUCCAUCGAUUACCGUCUCGCUCCCGAGCACCGCCUCCCCGCGGCAUACGAAGACGGCGUCGAAGCAGUUCAGUGGAUCAAGAAUCAAGCCUCCGGCGAGCCUUGGCUGAGAGACUACGUCGAUUUCUCAAAGUGUUUCAUCAUGGGCAGCAGCGCCGGUGGGACUAUGGUUUAUCAUGUUGCCCUCCGGUUAUAUAAUUUGGGAUUAGAUCAACUUCAGCCUUUGAAGAUCAUUGGGUUGAUACUGAACCAACCCUUCUUCGGUGCCGUCCAAAGGACAGCAUCGGAGCUGAGAUUGUUAAACGACAAGAUCUUGCCAUUGUCAUCGACGGAUCUGAUGUGGGACUUGUCUUUGCCAAUCGGCACCGAUCGUGAUCACGAGUAUUGUAACCCUUUACCCAAGGGGUUAUCGGAAUUGGAGAUCAAAGCUUUGAAGAGCCAGAGCUGCUUGGUUUGUUUCAUGGGAGAGGACCCGUUGAUGGAUGGACAGAAGGAGUUCAUGAAGAUGUUGGAAGAGAGUGGAGUCAAGUUUGUGAAGUAUUUCGAUGAAAAAUCUUACCAUGCUAUUGAAAUCUUUGAGCCUGAAAAGGGUCAUCCGGGUCUGUCCAAAGCCAUUAAGGAAUUCAUCUACCAAUCCAAGCACGGCUACUGAACUGAUCAAGUAUUAUGGUGUUUUCGGGAUCCCUGGCUGUUCUGCGUGAGACUGACAAGGUUCUUUCUCAUCAAGUUUACUUCUUCAUCUUUAUUUUUUCUGAAAUUUUUCUUCGCCUUUGUUUUGUCCAAAUCUGAUGUACUCGUUGCUCUCACCUUGGGCCAGCCAUCACUCAGUCAUAAAGGCCAAUUGAUCGCUGUAACGGAGGUUAACUGUUGCAACCAUCACGGUGGCCGCAAUUAUUAUUGGAUUGAUAAGGAAUAAAAUUGGAAAUCUCGUUACAAUUUUUAUUGAGAAA